AUGUACUGGCCACCGCGCGCAGACAAGGAGUUCAAAGAAGUGACACCUACCAAUGUGAUACUGGUAAUGCACAACAAAGCUCAAGUACGUCCAAAGGGGUCGGCUUGGUUGAUCAUAGAGAGAAAUGGACACGCAUACAAAGCCAAUUUCACUGUAGUGCCGGGAAAAGUGACACCUCUGCUAAGCCUCAAGUCAAGCCAGCAAAUGGGUCUGGUAAAGAUUAUGGACUGUGAUACCGUCACUUCUCAAAGUUUGUCAACACUCAAGGAGCAGAAUGACCGGUUGACAGUAGUACGCACAGACGAGAUCCUCAGAAGAUACAGUGACGUGUUUGAAAACCUUGGAUGUCUACGAGGAGAGUACUCAAUUGAACUUUACAAGGAGGCCACUCCAUCAGUCAACCCGCCACGUAAGACGCCAGCUCCGUUGAGAGAAGCAGCGGGGAAGGAGCUCGACAGACUGACUAAGGAAGACAUCAUCGCUCAGGUGACAGAGCCCACAGAAUGGGUAUCCUCAAUGGUCACAGUAAGGAAGAAGAAUGGUCAAGUGCGGAUCUGCUUGGACCCCAAGGAGCUCAACAAGGCAAUGAAGAGGUCUCACUACCCUACGCCCACCAUCGAGAAAGUAGCCACACGGCUUACCAAGGCGAAAGUGUUUACGGUACUAGAUGCCAAGAGUGGGUUUUGGCAGAUAAAGCUGGAUGAGAAGUCAAGCUACUUAACCACGUUUCAAACAGCCUUUGGCAGGUACAGAUGGUUGCGGAUGCCUUUUGGUAUAGCAUCAGCACCGGAGAUAUGGCAGCGGAAUGGGCAUCAGAUUAUAGAGGGCCUGAAUGGGGUGGAAGUCAUUGCAGAUGAUUUUCUUAUUAUUGUAUUUGGAGACACAAUGUCGGAGGCGACUGAGAGUCAUGAUCGCAAUCUGUCAGCAUUUCUUGACAGAUGCAGGGAAAGGAACUCGAAGCUAACCCCAGACAAAGUCAAGCUCAGGCUGACUGAGAUUCCAUACAUAGAACACAAGCUAACUGCCCAUGGAGUGCAGCCAGAUCCAUCUAAGGUAGAAGCGAUUGUGCACAUGCCAAUGCCCACUGAUACCACUUCACUGAAACGAGCGUUAGGAAUGGUUACAUACCUCUCAAAAUUUUUGCCACGCUUAUCUGAAGUGUGUGAAGUCCUUCGUCAGCUAGACCACAAAGGAGUUGCAUGGCAUUGGCAAGAGGAACACGCAAAGGCUUGGGAGGAAGUGAAAAGACUGACUACAAUGACGCCGGUUCUAGCAUACUACGAUGUCAACAAGGAAACCACAAUCCAAUGUGAUGCUUCCUCGACUGGUUUAGGAGCCACCCUGCUCCAGGAGGGUAAGCCAGUUUGUUUCGCAUCAAGAGCACUGACAACAAGUGAGAGAAAUUCCGCACAAAUCGAAAAGGAGCUCUUAGCAAUCCUUUUUGGUUGUGAGAGAUUUGAUCAAUAUAUCUAUGCGAAACACACAACGGUAGAGUCUGAUCACAAGCCACUCGAAGACAUUACUAGGAAGCCCAUGGCGGAUGUGCCAAAACGAUUACAACGAAUGUUGAUACGUCUUCAGCGCUACGAUAUCCAAUUAAGUCACGUACAAAAAAGGGGAGACCGUAUAGUUAUACCAAUAUCCCUAAGAGGCAGUAUGGUCAAGAAGUUACACAAUACACACUUGGGAGUGGAAGGCUGCCUCAGACGUGCAAGGGAGUCGCUCUUUUGGCCUGACACGAAUGCAGAACUGAAGGAUUUUGUCCGGAGAUGCUCCGUUUGCGAUGCGUAUCGCCCGGAGCAAUGCCGCGAGCCCCUACAGCCACACGAAAUUCCGUCUAGACCAUGGCAAAAGAUCGACAAACUCAAUGAUACUUUGUCCACCACAGUUAUCCACAAAGUCAAAGGACAAUUUGCAAGACACGGUAUUCCAGAGAUUGUCGUCACGGACAAUGGCCCGCAAUUUGCCGGUGGUGAAUUCGAGCGUUUUGCUACACAAUGGCAGUUUCAUCACAUUACGACAUCUCCCAGAUACCAACAAGCUAAUGGCAAAGUGGAGAAUACCGCCAAGACCUGCAAAAGCAUUCUAAAGAAAGCGAAAGAGACCAACCAAGAUGUUUAUAUGUCGCUCCUCGAUUUCCACAACACGCCAUUCGAAAGCAUUGGCUCAUCCCCAGCUCAACGAUUGUUCGAGAGACGGACGAGAACACAGACACCCAUAUCACCAAGACUGUUGCAACCUACAGCACGGAAAGGGACAGACAUCUCAGACAAACUACAGAGCCAAGCAACGCCAAGCGUGGAACUACGACAAAGUCUCAAAGAGCCUCCCACCGCUUGCACCAGGCCAAAACGUGAGAAUGAAAAACCUGGUGAAACAACAUGGUCGCUUGCAGUGUGCAAAAGACCAGCAGGACACCGGUCGUACAUAGUCGAAUCAGGAGGUAGACAAUACCGACGGAACCAUCGUCAACUCAGAACCACCGAAGAGGAUUGUAGACCAAGCCUACUGGUGAGUGAUGACUCAGAAGAAGACGAUGAUAACGAACCAGACAGCGAUGACGUUGUACCAGAUAGACGUGAUGACGUUGUACCAGAUAGACGUGAUGAUACAACAUCAAAACAGACGACCGUACCGAUCCACACACCGCCGCCAAGGACUGUCCAGACAGUCCCAGACAACAAGAAAACCGCACGCGGUAGAACAGUCAAGAUACCUUGGAAAUACAGAGACUACGACAUGUCUUAA